AAGCAUCGAUCGAGGUCAAAGUCGAAAACUUCAUCGAAGGAGAGAACUCCUUCUCGAACGCCAACACCACUAAGAUCUGAUGAUGAAGAAGAGAAAAAGGCAGUCGUAAAGCCAGAGCCGGAGCCAAUUAGUACCCCUGAAAAAAGUCCUCCCUUCCCUGAGAAGUCAUCAUUUCGCGCGAUUUCUGACGAUGAUGAUGAUCUUCCGGUUGGCGCUGAUUUUCGAACUGUUAUGAAAGAAGCUAAGAAAAAGAUCAAUAUUUCCACAUCUCUUCCAGUCGCACCUCCGUUGGGGAAACCUCGCUCGUCUCAAGCAUUUCCGUUGUCAAAAGAAAUUAAAAAGGACUUGGAUGAUGAUGGUCCUAUGGAGAAAAGAGAGUCGGACGUCCUCAAUAAAGUUAUUGCUGAGAAAGGACGCGGAGAUUUUGUACCGCGCAAUCUAAAGGUAAAAACUUCGGCUACCGAAACCUCAUCUGCUCAGAGUCACAUAAAAAGUGAAGCGGAGAAUGGCAACGAAACUGAACUGAAGCCUUCCAUAAAGAUCGAGGCUGAGAGUUUGAUGGACAUCUCAGCUGACGAAGCAGAAUUUGGACCAGCAUCUCUUCCGCCCCCGGUUCCAGCUGUCAGCUCUUCUGGAGCCGUGAAUUCUGCACCGGCUCCUGAGCCUAUAAGUGAUGGAGAACUAGAGAAAGAAAUAUUCGAAGAAAUCAAUGCCGCUGCUCAACCGAAGACUGCCGUAAAAUCCAGAUUAGCAAGGGUUGUCGAAAGCUCAUCUGCUGUGAUAUCGAAAGGAAAAGAAGCUCAGCCGACUGUUUCAGCGUUCAAAGAGCCGCACUCGAGGAAGCGGCGCCGAUCACCGCGUAAACGAAGUUCAAGUCCAAAUACUGAUGAAGAGAUAAGGAUCAAAGCAAGAAAUGCGCUGCGAGAAAGGUAUCACCAUAUCGUCCACGUGGACGUCGACGAGACGAUCGUGGUCGCUCAAGGUCGAGAUCUCGACGACGCUAUUCCAAAUCUGUUAGCAGAAGCCCAGUCCGAGAUAAACGCCGACGAAGAUCCAGGUCGACGUCCAAAAGUCGAAGCAGAAGCCGAAGUCGUAGCAGUAGCCGAUAUAGAUCCCGUCGGUCACGAUCCAGAUCGUCAUCACGAAGUAGGAGUCGUAGCCGAAGCCGCAGCCGCACCCCAAGUCGUAGUAGAAGCAGGAGCAGAAGUAGAAGUCGCAGCAGGUCACCAAGACGUCCAAUGGGAGGAGAAGGUAGAAGGAAAGGUGGAGGCCCUUGGUAUCAGUCUUGGGAACUUGGAUCAGCUCCAGAAUCAGCCCAAGAGUGUGGAUGACUUUGUUUCUUACUGCCAGCAAAUACAACGUCGUCAGGAAAAAGAGACUAGAAGAGAGAAAGGCGAGCCCGUUUCCAGUGAUGAUGAUGACUCCGACAAUGCUGGAUCUAGAACUGCCAGUCCUACAUCUUUCAAGCAUCCAUUUGGUGUCAAGACUGCUGGACCAGUUGAAGGCAUAAAAAUCAACAUAGUGAAUGCCACAAAUAUUCCAACGAAAACUCCGCAAGAGCGCAUACUUGACAGUUCCCAGUUACGACUAGUUUACCCAGUAUCUUCGGGAGUCACUCACAAGGAGAACACAGCCUCGGAACAGUUUCAGGAGCGUGAGUGGACGCCUGUAGUAAAAGAUGAGUUGAAAACGUGCUCAGCUGAACAAAAGAAGUACGUGGGAAUCACUAGUCUCGAGGCGCAAAAAUAUCAUAGCGCGAGCACUUCCGCUGACCAUCUUUUACCACCUCCGCCUGCUCCACCCGUAUUAACAGGCCUCGGUGGACUGUUACCACCACCUCCACCUCCUCCAAAGCUUACCGCUUUUGAUACUUUGUUGCCUCCUCCACCUCCUUUGCCGGAAUUGCUUGUUGUGCCACCAGAGGAGGAACUGAUUAUACAUGAACCGGAUAAAAUUGAAAUAGCUAAAAAGAGAGAUGUUGCCAAAGUUUUGGCCCAACGAGCCAGCGCGCAGUUAACCUUAGCAUCGAAUCCAAACGAUUUUGAGGCCAUUAGGAUGCUCAAAGAAGCUGAUGACCAGAUGGCAGCUUGGGCAGCUGCCAAAAAUCUGCCGGGAAAGUUUACCGGCAGUACCGGUCUCAAUGUACUUUCGUCUGAUGAGUUACAACCCCAUGACCCACGUUAUAAUGCGUGGGUGCGGAAGGUAUGA